GUCCACGUCACACUGGUGUCUCUCCUGAAUGCGGAAACGGCAGCAUUAAAUAAAGAGUGGAAGGAGGAGACUGGAGCAGGGCCGCGCUCUCCUAGAGGGAAAACUUCCUCCUGUGUGUGUGUGUGUGUGUGUGUGAGUGUUACGCAGUGACCCGAGAUGUGACUGGAUACACACUUUAUGCGCACGUUGGUCAGUGAGUGAGUGAGAGAGACAGAGAGAGACAGGAGGAGGAUUCCGGGUCACUAAGAAGACUUUCUAAGACUUUCUCUAGGUGAAAAAGUUUCCUCAAUAAGGAUUGACUCAGAUCCCCUGAACAGAGGUGUGUCGUCUGGAGAAGACCUGUUUUGAGUAUGAGUAUAGGUGCCAGUCUCAUCCCUGCUGCCUUUCCUCUUGAUUUGGAUUCUAACCUUUGGACUGACUUUUGUAGCACCGUGUGUGCUUCCUCCUUCAUUCACCCAGACUUACUUACAUGGGCAUCUUCACGCUGUCCAGCCAAACUGUAUCAUAGAAUGGAGCAAAACCAACCCGAGGAGCAUGCUGACCCGAGCUGUGAGUUUCAGCCUCAACUGGAUCUGUUUAGAAAGUUGGGCUUCUCCGAUGCACAGAUUCAUGCUGUGAUACUCAAGCUGGGCCUCCACACUGACACCGACCGGAUUCUGGGGGAGCUGAUACAAGUGAGAGCGACGGAGACGGGGGAUUCUCUUGGGCCCACAGUGCUAGCUUCGCCUGAUGAAAGCCAGAGGAACAGUCCCAGAGUUUUAUCUCUACCCGCUGAUCAAGAGUACACAACCCAGGACGAAGAUGCCCUCAGGCCGAUAGUGAUAGAUGGCAGCAAUGUAGCGAUGAGUCACGGAAACAAGGAAGUUUUCUCCUGCCUGGGAAUCCAGCUAGCUGUGAAGUACUUCCUGGAUCGAGGGCACACAGAUGUAACAGUGUUUGUGCCUUCCUGGAGGCGGGAGCAGCCUAGGCCAGACGUGCCGAUCACAGAUCAACAAAUUCUCCGUGAGCUGGAACGUAAAAAGAUUCUGGUCUUUACUCCAUCAAGGCGCGUGGCAGGAAAGCGUGUGGUGUGCUACGAUGACCGCUUCAUCGUAAAGCUGGCAUACGAUGUGGAUGGCAUCAUCGUGUCCAAUGAUACCUACCGAGACCUUCAGGGGGAAAAGCCUGAAUGGAAACGCUUCAUAGAGGAGAGGCUGCUCAUGUAUUCCUUCGUCAAUGACAAGUUUAUGCUCCCAGAUGAUCCACUUGGGAGACAUGGGCCUACUUUGGAAAAUUUUCUCCGCAAGAAUCCCCGAGCUGCAAAAAAACUCCCCUGCCCUUACGGUAAGAAGUGCACCUAUGGGAUCAAGUGUAAGUUCAGCCACCCAGAACGUAGCAAGCAAUCCCACCGUUCCUUGGCAGAUGAGUUGCGUGAAAAAGCAAAAGCUCCCUCCUUUUCCCAAAAACCAUCCUCGUCGAGCCCAAACCCGUCCCGAGCAGCCCCUCUGGAGGAGGUGAUGGAGCAAAAGCUCACUCUCAAUCAAAGUGGACCGACGAAGAAGACCCUCACCAGUGAGAACACCCUGGUGGUGAAGAACACACCACAGUCUACUUUAAGAAAGUCCCUUUCUAAGAGAGACUGCUUCAACCAACAUGCCCCAACAAAUCCAGACUGCAUCUCUGCUUCCUUUCAGGAGUACCUGGACUCUGGCCUGGGUUCAUACGAAUGCCAAGGUGAGCACCAGUGUGAAGGGGAGCAAAGGACUCCAUCUAGCGGAAGGUUCCGACAUUAUCCAACCAAUCCAGGUUACCAUCCCCACCACGCCAGUAUGGCUGCGUCCCAAAACCCAAGCAACGUGCCAUACUCUUUUCCUCAGUAUCACUCCUAUGGAGGGGCACCUUACCCGCCAGGGAACUUUCCUCAGUAUAGUGUACCCCAUGAGUACCACCACAGAACUAUGCCCCCUCCUCUUCAUAAUAACUACUGGUCUGAGCCAUACGGACACUUCAGGUCUGUGCCUCCAGGACCUGUGCAGGGUGACAGCACUCCCUGGAACCAUACAAUGCCCGAAAGGGAACAGGUGAGGAAGAAACUGCGAGCUGUUUUUAAUGCCCGUCUUGUGGACAGAGCAAUGGAGAUGUAUCCAAACCUAAUGGACCCUCAGAAACUAGCCAUGGAGAUCAUCAACCUACAGUCAUAUGAAGGGGUUUUGUGACGUUUUCUGCCUUGUGGGCGGCUUGUUAAUGGUUUGUGUGCAUGUAUUGUACAUUUGUACUGACACAGUUGUUACAGUAUGUUUAUGUACAGUGUGAAAACCUUUAAAGGUUUAAGGUUUAAAGUGAUGGAGCAGAUCGAAACAACAUUAAAUAAAGCAGAAACUUAUAUUGGACAUGUACGUAUGUUCAACAACUGGAGCUAUAACCUAUUUUAAAGGUCACAUAUCAUACUCCUGUGUUGAACAUGUUUGUAUAAGUCUUAAAGGUCUCCAAAGUGUAUCUGUUAUGUCCAAGCUGAAACACAACUCAUGUAUUAUGGUAUGCUUGAUUUUCAUUCUGUUUUAUGCAUUUUCCAAACACCUUGUUCAGUGUCUGUAGAAACUGCCCCUAUCUGUAGAAAUUAACUGUAAAAAAAUAUUAGCCCCCUAAUAAGACUCACCCAACAGAACUCUGUGAGGUAUAACAUGGAAGUGAGUAUUUCCUCAUGCAGGAAAUUUAUGCAGGAGAGGCUAAACAUGAUGUCAUAGCUUCAAGAACUAGGGCGAGUAGAAGGCAGUGCUGGAAGUCUUAUAGAAUUUAAUGUUUUGGACUGGGAAGUCAGCAUUAAAAGGCAGGGAAGUUGAGGGAGAGUAAGAUCUAUCUUCAACUUACAGAACUGCUAACCAUGACUGUAUGGAUGUGCCGGAUUAAAAGCAGACAAAGAGUUCGAGACAAAGUGCAAGAUAAGACAAGAUCAGGGAGGGAAGCAUUUAAUGUUUUUUAAGGAAGGCUGGGACCUGAGACCUGCAGUUGGCAGUAAUGUAACCUACUGGAUUCCAACCUUUGUUAAACAACAACGAACAAGAAAAAAAAAGAGAAUUUAUCAAAUCCUUAUAUGAGGGGGCGUGGUGCAGUGGUGGCUCAGGUGGCUAAGGCUCUAGGUGGUUGAUCUGAGGAUCCAGGUUUGAGCCCAGCUGUUGAUGGGUUGCCAAACCCCAUACUACCCAGGCAUUGCAUGCAGUGCUGGUCCCAGUUCCUGUUAGGAAAUGGGAGGGUCGCAUCUGGUGUAAGACCUGUGCCAAGGUGUGUGCAGAUUGUACGGUCCCCUGUGACAACCCCUUGCCAGGGGCAGCUGAAAGACUAGCAGAGAAGAUUUUUUUUUUUUUAUCUCACAUGCUUUUUGUUUGUAUAUACAAACUAGAAGGCUUUUGAAAGACUUAUUGACAUGGGUUCAUUUGGUUUUUGUGUUUCUCAAUGCAGCCACCCAUGAUUUUUUCUGCGUUUAUUUCUAGAUGUUGUUUUUUCAGCACCAUGGCGUUUAAUAAUCUUGUAAUUGGUGUCAUUUUGAAUAUCAACUCUAUGUUUCUUUAUUUAUGUGUUGUGUUAUACAUUUUCUUUCUAUUUUAGGAAUCUUUUAGGCACCUUAAUAAUACACACUGGUUAGAAUUUUUGUGCAGUCUGAAUGUGAUGUUUUGUAAAUGCAUAUAGCUUUUAAUGUGUAACCAGUAAAUAUCUUUUAAGUGCCUAAUGUGGUCUUGUUGGCACCGUGUGCCUGAAACACCAGUGAAAAAUCUGAAAACUACCUAAAACAGGUAAAUGAGUGUACACCCUGUGGGUUCUGGGUAUUUUCCCAUUUUACAUAAAAUAGUCAUAUAGUCACUGUCUGAUAUAACUCACAUAACUUUUCUGAGCCGCUGCACUCUCAAUGUUUAUGCAAAGCAAGACUGACAUGAUUACGAGGACAAAGGAAAGAAAAGCCGCAUCGAAGCGCCGCACCCAUGUUUAAAUGCUUUUGGCAAUACCGAAACAUUAAAAACUAUUUUGAAAGUGCUUUUUUUUUUUUUUUUGUAUGAUUGUUAUUUUACUAUAACGCCUCCCUUUUUAAAGUGCUACAGUUUGUAAGUGUUUAACACAAGACUGUAUGACCUGCUGGCUUUAAACUGUCAUGCAAUAAAGACAAUAUCAUAUAAAACUCAUAGUUUUAUUUCAUUUCAUUCCGUUGUUGUAAUAUCCAGUACUGU